AUGAUCAAACAAGCGCAAGAGAAUGACAAGCGGGUGCAUUCAGCUGCCACCACCAAAACCUCGGAGCAAAUAAAUUGGAACCCCCCGCCAGCUGGUUGGGUCCGGGUGAACACAGAUGGCUCCGUUCGGCAGCCGGGCUCGCAAGCAGCGGCAGGUGGCCUCAUCCGCGACGAACUAGGGAGAUGCACAGGAGCUUUUACUGCUAACUUGGGAAGCUGCACUAUUACAAGAGCCGAGCUCAUCGGGGCGUUUCAUGGUCUCAAAUUGGCGUGGGAUCAAGGUCACAAGAAGGUGAAACUUCAACUUGAUUCCUCGACGGCCAUCAGGAUGAUUACUAUAGGAGAGGAGCAGCAACAGAGAUACUACACCAUCAUUAGACAACUUCGAGAUCUCAUCAAUAGAAAUUGGGAGGUACAAGUCUCUCAUACCUUCAGGGAGGGUAACAAAACCGCAGAUUUUCUCGCCAAUAAGGGGCAUAGUGUUAGUAUAGGAUGUCACUUUGUUGGCAUCUCGGACCCGGGUCUCUCUUUUUGGAUUCUGUAUGACACUAUGGGUAUUGCCCAAGAUCGUUUAAUUUAA